AACGAGUAUUGUAUAUGGCGUUCGCACACCACCAACACCAACACAUGCGGAAGCAGACAUACAAACAUCAUCAUCAUCUAUUCGCAGCACCACCAGUUUCAAUACAUGCACACGCGCACGCACGCAGGCACACAUACACAAACGUAGUGACACAGCAAUGGCACACCAUUCCAUCAAAACUCAACCGGUCCGAUUCGAUGGCUGCGUUCAAUGGCCCAUUCGGAUCAGAUUCUUUUUCCCUGUACUAUAUAUUCACAGCCAAUCGACACGCUCAUGGCUGUGUGUAUGCGUUUGGCUUUUCGGUUUGCGUUUUCUUUCCCUGUAAUUCGAUGGAUCUUUUUCAUUGGCCAGCCCAAAUCUGCUUCCAUAUUGAAUUGAACAUGACAAUUUGAUCCAAUUCAAGCUCGAUCCUUCAAAGUCUAAUUCUAAAAUCUAUCCAAAACUUCCCUCCAUACUAUUGGAUGAGGCAUGCAAUUUAUGUUUGAAAUGAUGAAAUUUGUUAAUUAAACGAGAUUGUCAAAAAUUCUGAUUUUUUGCCGGUAAAAGAUUGAAUCAAUUUCAAUUCGAAUUAUUUUAAAUAUUGUCGUUCAUGGAGCGACGGUCAAAACCGCAAACACUUUUAAGAGAUUUUUGUGAUCAAAAAAUAAAAUUAAAAGAAACAAAAGAAAGAAAAAGAGAAAAUAAAAACAUAAUCCAUUACCAUUGGUUGUAACAUGGGGCAAUCCGUUGAUUAUAUAUACAAAUAUAAUUAACGUAAAUGUGCGGUUCGUUUUGGUUCUAAAAACGAAGUCGAAAUGUCUUUUGAAUCUGGAAAAAAGCACAAAUUAAUUGGCGCGCCAACAGGUUUAUGCGAAUAGUACACUAUCGAAUACAUGUGAACGAAUCGAAAUCAACACAUGCCAAACUGUGUGCACAGGCAGACACGAAACUGCACACGAAUAUUUAUUUCGUACGUUUUUUUCUCUUCUCUUCCUUCAACCAAAUGUCAGAAUCACACUCGCAUUCUCCCAAUUCAUUAUUUCGGCAAUGUUUUCUAUAUCUAUAAUACUGCCCGUGUAUCUCCGGUGUUGGUUUUCGUGUUGUAGAUUCGAUUGGUUGGUGCAAACGCGCGCGCGAGACACACACACACGCGCAUACGGUGUACUGGUUGCACGGUUUGCGUAAGUAUGUGUAUGGUCCCGAAGAAGCGCUCCCAUACAAAUGCACCACAACAAUGACAAUUCGUUGACAUAUACCACGAUGGAGUGGUCGUCACAUGCAUUUUCUUGUAAACAAUUACACAGCAGAAUAUUCAAUGCGGAAAAAGGCCGCAUUGAACGCAACCAUCCAAGCUACACCGACACACUGUUUUGUUCUAAAUCUGAACAUGAAAUUAGAACAAAACCCAAUAUACACGAUCGCUUGAUUCGGUGCAGUUUUAAUUGACUAAUUACUUGGGGGGUUUGGCUCAAUAUAUUGACAGCGAUUAAAAUUUAAAUGAAAAAAAAAUUGAGAAUUUCCAAGAUUAUAAAAAAAUCCGAAUUUAUUAGCGGAAAAUGAGUUGAACGGUAGCAGGUUUCAAUCUCAUUCAAGCAUUUUGAAUGGUUUGCAAUUCAUGAUUUUCGUUUACAUUGGAAAGAGCAAAAUGAUUUCAGGAAUUAUGAGAAAAGAAAAUUCGACAAUUCAAAUGCAAAGAGCAUGAUUGAAUAGAAGGUGUUAUUCAGCGGGAGGGAAAAACAAUCGAAAUUUAAAACGGCAAACAAUUCUAAUCCUCAUAAUGAUUGUUGCUGUUCACGGUUGUUGCCGACAACAACGACGACGACGAUUUUGUGCACCAACAUCGUAUGUGGUGUCGGUUCAGUAGUGGCCCGAACUGGUCCCGAACACGACUUUGACGUUUGCAUCGUUACGCGUUUUCAUGUCGAUUUGUCUCUCUUUCUCUCGUUCUCGCGUGCGCUCCCUUUCUCCCUGCUUCUCUUACUCUCUACUUGUGUAUAUGUCAUCGAUAUUGCCGCAAAUCGCACUCAACUUUCGAUAUUCCGUGUAGCUGCCACAUGUUUAUCACUGAAACAAGAGCUGAAACAAUUUUAAAGUUUUAAAUUCUGUUUGUGUUACAUUCUAAGAGCCGAGGCAAAACAAACGUAUACAAAAUGGUUGUACUGAGUUGUAGAUUUUACAAAGAAAAAUACCCAGAGGUUGACGAUGUGGUCAUGGUCAACGUGCGUGCAAUCGCCGAAAUGGGCGCAUACGUUUAUCUGUUGGAAUACAAUAAUAUCGAAGGUAUGAUCCUGUUAUCGGAAUUGUCAAGACGUCGUAUCCGUUCGAUAAACAAAUUGAUUCGUGUGGGCAAAACAGAACCGGUAGUCGUUAUUCGUGUUGACAAGGAAAAGGGCUAUAUCGAUUUGUCGAAACGUCGAGUGUCUGCUGAAGAUGUAGAAAAGUGUACAGAACGUUUUGCCAAAGCGAAAGCGGUCAAUUCAAUAUUGCGUCACGUGGCCGACAUUCUGAAAUUCGAAACAGACGACCAAUUGGAGGAGUUGUAUCAAAAAACGGCCUGGCAUUUCGAAGAGAAAUACAAAAGCAAAGCGGCCGCAUACGAUGUGUUCAAGCAAGCGGUGGUUGAUCCAUCCAUUUUAGACGAAUGCGGCUUGGAGGAGAAAACCCGUGAAGUGCUAUUGAACAACAUUCGACGAAAAUUGACGUCACAAGCAGUUAAAAUUCGGGCCGACAUCGAAUGUGCCUGUUAUGAAUACGAAGGAAUUGAUGCGGUGAAAGAAGCAUUGCGCGCUGGAUUGGAAACCUCCACCGAAGAACUACCGAUUAAAAUCAAUCUCAUUGCUCCUCCAUUAUAUGUAAUGACUACGUCAACGCCUGAAAAAGCCGACGGAUUGAAAGCGCUGGAAAAUGCCAUCGAACGAAUCCAAGAAACGAUCACAAAGCUUGGUGGUGUCUUUACGGUGAACAUGGCGCCUAAAGUUGUAACGGCUACGGAUGAAGCCGAUUUGGCACGCCGAAUGGAACGUGCCGAAGCCGAAAAUGCGGAAGUUGACGGCGAUGAAGAGGAUGAAAAUGAAGAAGGAAUGACAUAUAAUGAUGGAGAAAAUGGCAACGAACAAGACGAUAAAGACGGCGCUAGCAGUGAUGACGAUGGCAAAAACUAAGUUGAAUACAGUUUAAAACACACAAAUUCCCCUCCCCAACUCGCAGAUUGUUAAACUCAAUAAUCGAAACCACAUGCACCCAUAACAUCUACAAAUCAAUUCGAUUUUCGCUCCAUCUCGUUUGUAGCCAGAUUCAAUGUGUCAAACCGGAUUUCAUUGAAAUCACAAACAGUCACAUUAAAAACAAAUCUAAAUGGAAUUACACAAAUCUUGAAAAAGUUUAAGAGAAGAAACAAAAAAAUAAAAUUUAAAAUCCUCUUUCCAA